AACAGAGCAGAAGGUCCAGUUUGGGACAAAGAUUUUAGAAUUAAUUUAACACAUUAUUCUGGCCCAUUUUAGUGUCUUCUCUUUAAUAAAUGCCAGCCAAAAUAUUCUGGAAGAGUUAGACCUGGCUUCGGGGAAGAAGUUGUGUGACGGUGAGAUGAAGCUUGAGGACUUUUAGCCAUGUCCCCCGAAGAGAGCAGCCGUACCACUAGUUAACGGUCAGACCUAAUGGAGUAAAAGAACAGAUUGUGCCUGUGACUCAUUGUGACAAAGUCUUUCCACCUUUGUAUUCAGUCCCCUUUUCAGGACGUGUCAGACUGACAGCAGAGCAGGCAGUACUGGGGAAUGUCACCGCGCUGCUUCUGCUCGCCGUUCAGAUCUACCCACACACCACUGCAUGCUAAGAAUGUGUAUUUGGCCCCACUCCUAUGUUGUGAAGUAUCGAAGGAGAAGCUCUCUGUCUAACUCGGCUAUACAGGGAUGCUCACGGUGGCCCGCGCUGCCUGGGACCGAACGGAGGCUUGAAUAGCUGCAGGUAUCCAGAAAUAUGACGCCUUCUUACCUUCAGACUGCAGCAGAAUAUGUAAAAUCACGACUCCCAGAGGCUCUGAAGCAGCACCUUCAGGAUUACGAGAAGGACAAAGAAAACAGUGUUCUGACUUACCAGACCAUCCUCGAGCAGCAGAUCUUGUCAAUUGACCGAGAAAUGCUGGAAAAGUUGACAGUAUCCUACGAUGAAGCAGGCACAACGUGUUUGAUUGCUCUACUCUCAGAUAAAGACCUCACCGUGGCCAACGUUGGUGACUCUCGAGGAGUCUUGUGUGACAAAGAUGGCAAUGCCAUUCCUUUGUCUCACGAUCACAAGCCUUAUCAGCUGAAGGAAAGGAAGAGGAUAAAGAGAGCUGGUGGGUUCAUCAGCUUUAACGGCUCCUGGAGGGUCCAGGGAAUCCUAGCCAUGUCUCGAUCCCUGGGAGAUUAUCCACUGAAAAAUCUCAACGUGGUCAUCCCAGACCCAGACAUCUUGACCUUUGACCUGGACAAGCUGCAGCCCGAGUUCAUGAUCUUGGCAUCAGAUGGCCUGUGGGAUGCGUUCAGCAAUGAGGAAGCAGUUCGAUUCAUCAAGGAGCGCUUGGAUGAGCCGCACUUUGGGGCCAAAAGCAUUGUCCUGCAGUCCUUUUACAGAGGCUGCCCUGACAACAUUACUGUCAUGGUGGUGAAGUUCAGGAAUAGCAGCAAAACAGAAGAGCAGUGAGCCCUGCAGGAUCUCAGAUGCCCUAAACUAGACGACUCUCAACAUACUGUUCUCCUCAUGUAGUAAAGUCGUGGGAAUUAUAAUUAGGAUCAUGCGUCCCAACACAGAACCCCCUUUCCCGAUGGCCUUGAGUCCCUUUGGAGUGCUGAGCAGAGGGUUCCCCGGCUGACAUUGCAGAGAGGCUGCUAAGUUUAUGUUCCCCCAGCCCUUCUAUCAGUGUUUGAAAUGCAUACGUAGGUAGCCACAGAUCCCACGUAUGAGGCAAAAGAAAGACAGGCCGUGUAUUUCCCUUCUUAAUGUACUUUUCAUGAUCUCUUUCGUGGUCCCUCAGGGAUCUGACUUGGUGUCCUCUCUGGACCUGGGCAGGGCGAGCCGGUGCUGCCAACACAUCACCAUGACGACGUGGUGGCUGUGCCCUCUGCUUCGAAGCAGUUUCCUCAGAAAUGCUCUCCCCUUCUGAGCUUUGGCCUUCGGUACUCCAGCAGCCUGGAAGGAGACAGGCAGCACUUUGUGAUUUGUUGCCUGCUCCUAGAGGCUGAGGAUGGAAAGUCAGUGCAGCUUCUCGCACGCCUGCCACCUUCCCCUUGCUUCCUUCAUCAUUAGUUCAAUAGAGUCAGGACGCAGUUAACCAGCCCUAUGCCUCUCCUCAUGGAGUGUACACUCACCAUAUGCUCACAGCCUUACAGUGCAUUAAAGGCAGCUUCUGACUUCCCCAUGAGACAUGAGUUUUUGCCUCCCCUUACCAAGAACCCACAGAAAGGGGCAGAAGCAGGGUGGAAAGCACAUCACAGUACAGUACGCCCUUCCAUCUUCAAGGAGGAAUCAGGCUGGGGUGAUUCUCAGUGCCCCUCUGAGAAUCGCCAUCUGCAUUGGAGAGGAAGGCAGGAGUCCUGAGGUCACCAGCUCACACUCACCAGCUGCCGGGUUCUGCAUAGCCCUUCCCAAGCCCAUGCUGCCUAGUAACUUACAUGUCUUUCAGACAGUGUUGGGAAGAACAGCAGCCUAGAAUCACCCAUGGGCGCUAUUCCCAGCUACCACUGCAAGUUGGUAUUUGGAGGCAAACUACUGGGACAUGCUUCCUGGCAAGAGAAAGAGCGUUCAUGUUCUCUUACAAAUAUCUGCCCAUACCCAGGCAAAUAUGAACUGUUUGCUGUGACCUGGAGAGAAAACAGACUGGCUCCUGGGGCCCUGUGUGCACUGGUGGCAGAGUUGGGCGGGAAUUCAAGCAAGAACCCUCAGAUCAGCAGCAGAGUUAUUUGGGGGACCUACAUUACUGCUCUUCCCUUUCUAACACCAAAGUUGUGGGUUUUUUUUUCCCCAGUCUCUGUCCUUUGUAAGUUAAUUUAUAGGACAUAGUAGGUUGUCCUUUUUGACUGAUUAAACCAGCCCCAAAGAGCCAAGAUUUUCAUUUGCAGAGUACACCAGAGCCUGCCUUGUUUUGUCCUCUCAGAGAGGGCAUUUGUUGGCAUGGUUUCUCAAGCCCUGCUCAUUAGGCAUCCCUACCCCACUGCCCAGCCCUCUGUCCUUCAGCUGCAGAGCUUGCCCGAAGCCCAGCCUGGAGAAUGAAAGAUGUGGACUCGGAGGACUGCAGACUGUCUUGAUUCCUCCAGGAACUUGCUUUCCUUUGACUGCAUCAAGAAUUAAUAAUGGCUUCCCAGGAAAUUCACUUACUUUUGUAUCUUGUGUUUUCAACAUUGGAAUUAGAGUCUUUUCUGCUUCUCCGAAUGUUUUAGUACACAAUUACAUUCUAUCAUGUUAGACUGAAACAUUGGCUUGUGGAGAGACAUGGGCUGAUGGAUGUGUAUUAUGGGUCAAGUGGAAGGGGAACGGAGGAAACGGCUGCGGGUUUAACCAGUGAUGGCAUGAGCUUGUUGGCUUAGGAUGUUCUUAUCCUAGAACGCCCGAAGCCCUUCCUUUAACUAAAGGUCCAGACUCGACAGCCUAUAAAAUCAACUUCUCUUCUUUUGUAUUUGUUUAACACAAAAGUUUAUAACAAGAGGAAAAAAAAUCGAGACACAAAUAUCUGGGUGAAGAAAAAAAGAAAGCUACCAAAUUAGUCUGUUGGAAUUCCUUGAGCAAGCAGGGUUUCUGAACCAGCAUUGCUGGCUACAGUAGCUACAAAACCUUCUAAUUGAGGUUUAUAGAUAUAUCUUGUAAAUUUUGCUUUGGAGAAGUAUUUAACCAGAUAGGAAAAAAAAAAAGAAUAUAUUUCACUCCUUUCUUGCCUCUUCCCCUUUCCGUGUCUUGUAGACUUUUUUAAAGAUAGAAAUUCUAGGCAGAAUGGUAGUAUUUUGAUAAGUAGUUACACAUAAAGCCAGAGUAGCCCUUUACCUUCUCCGUCUCCUCCUCAAUGCCCCCUUCCUGACCUGUGUCCAGCUAAGGGGAGUUUACGGUUAGGUGUGGGUGGGGCAUACUGGCCACUCCCCUCCUCUAGCAACCCCCGAAGGGUGAAUCUAGCUCCAAGAGUAUCAGAUUUGAGAGAGUACGUGUAAAGCUUCCAUAAACAGCACUGCCAAAGCUUUGGGGUCAUCCCAAGGCUACCCAGACUCCCUACCUAGCCUGAGUUCUAAUUGCCAAUAGUCCCCACAGUGCCAAACUUGGGAGAGUUUUACAGUGUUUUAGGAAUAAAGCUGAUGCCAGCCCCAGGCCCCAUGAA